AGAUAUUGCUAACUCCAGCCCACGAUAUCUCGCACGGUUCUUUCGUCCCUUCGUGAUAUUGCUCCUGCCAUAUCACACUUCGAUUUCUCCUAUCUCCCUCCUGUCGGUAUAAGGAUUUAACUAAGCAUCAUGAAGGUCUUCGACAAGGUCAAGGACGACAUCAGAACUGAUUUUACCUGGAACCGCGUCGCCAGGCUUGGUAAGCAAGGCGUUCGUGCUGCUCCGGCAGCAGCGACAUUGUAUGUGCUUGACAAGUUCCCAAUCAUUGGGUGGCUUCCUCGUUACGACUACAAAUGGAUCAUCAACGACUGUGUUGCUGGCUUGACUCUGGCUGUAAUGCUGAUCCCUCAAGGCCUGGCAUAUGCUAAGAUCGCAACGAUACCUGUUCAGUGGGGCCUGAUGUCGGCCUGGCUGCCAGCAGUUCUCUACACGAUCAUGGGCACCUCGAAAGACCUAUCAACCGGACCGACUUCCCUGAUUGGCCUACUCACCUCAGACAUUGUCUCUGACUUGACAAAAGAAGGCUAUAGUGCACAAGCGGUGGCUUCUGCGGUUGCGUUGAUGAUGGGUGUAUAUGGCAUGGGCCUGGGAUUCCUGAAGUUGGGAUUCCUUCUGGACUUCAUUUCCUACCCUGUUCUCAACGGCUUCAUUUCUGCUGCUGCGAUAACGAUCGGGCUCGGCCAGGUUGCAAACCUCAUAGGUGAGAAAAACGUGGGAACCGGCACAGCCCACAUCAUUCAUGACGUUUUCCACCACUUGGCCACCUGCAAUGGACGAGCCGCUGGCAUUGGUUUCGCUGGUAUCAUUUUGCUGGUGUCACUUCAGAAGGCCGGCGAGAGAUGGGGCAACAAGAACAAGAUUGUCUGGUUCCUGUCCAUCACUCGUGCUUUUAUUGCUCUCCUGCUGUUCACGGGAAUCAGUUAUGCCGUCAACAAGGGACGAAGUUCCAAGCACUACCUGUUCGACGUCAGCAAAGUCCCGGCUAUUCACAUCGGAGCUCCCAAACUGCCAGACGCGACACUCAUCGGCAAAGUUGCUGGUCGCAGCAUCGCCCCUUUCAUCGCAGCCACUUUGGAGCAUCUGGCUAUUGGCCGAGCCUUUGGCAUGAGGAACAACUAUGUCAUUGAUGCCAGCCAGGAGUUGUGUUACAUUGGGGUAUGCAACUUCUUCAACAGCGCCUUUGGGUCGAUGGGUGUCGGUGGAGCGAUGUCACGUACUGCCGUCAAUUCGCAGUGCAAGGUCAAGUCUCCCUUGAGCGGACUUGUCACUACCGCCUUCAUUGUGCUUGCAAUUUACAAGUUCACUGGAGCGCUUUACUGGAUUCCCAAGGCCACUCUUUCUGCCAUCAUCAUCACUGCUGUUUGGCCUCUCAUUGGAUCUCCCAAGACUUACUAUCAUUUCUGGAAAACAUCGCUUGCAGACUUCAUCGCUGCAAUGAUAGCCUUCUGGGUCUCCUUGUUUGUCAGUACCGAGAUCGGAAUUGCCUGCGCCGUGGGCUUCAACGUGGCAUAUAUCCUCAUCCGCCAGGUCUUCAUUCGUGUCAAGUCAAUUGGAGCAGAUUCUAGUUCCGAGCUGGUGGCGUCCCUCGAUACUGCUCGUCAUAUGCCAUCAAGUAUCCCAGAGGACAUCCGGGUCUUCCGCUUUAACGAACCAUUGUUCUUCCCCAACACCUUACAGAACAAACAAACCAUGAUGGACAUCGUCCAGACAUAUCACACUGCAGAAUACAAUCGCGACAAUGGUGCAGAGGCGGACAGAGUCUGGUCCGUCGAAGGUGAGAAGCGACUAAACCGAUUGCGCAAAAAGGCCAACACCCAAAACGCCAAUCUGCCGCCGAUCAAAGUCCUCAUCUUGGAUUUCACCACGGUCACUUUCUGCGAUGUCACGGCCGUCAAUGGCUUGAAGAACUUCAUCACGGAGUUGAGGAAGUAUGCUGGGGAGAGGGUCGAGGUUCGAUUCGUCGCGAUGUCGGACUCGACUCGACAGAGGUUCGAACGUGCUGGAUGGAGAUUCUUGGAGCCUGAGGUUGUGGGUAGUGCACCCUUCGAACUGACUGAGGUGAGGUUCUUCAAGAGUGUUGCAGAGGCUGUGCGGGCACAGAGGCACCCAGAUGAGAUGCUCGAAGUCGUGGUGAAGGGCGAUGAUGAGGAAGCGACCACGAUUUCUCAUCGGGAGAAGAUGUGAUGAACUGUACUGGG